CUGCUGCAUGUCUUCCGACGCACUUGUCGCCGGCGCGCCGUUCGCGGUCGUUGGGCCUUGUCGCGUCGGGAGACCUCAGACACCGCUCCUUCCCGCAGCGCAAGCACUGCUGUCUACAGCUAUCCCCACCUUCGACGGGGGAAUCACCCAAUGGACCUCAGCAGCUCAGCUAGGUAACGCCAUUCGAAUCUCGUAUGCUAGCACGUCGCCUCAACUCCUGCGCCUCGAGCUUCCAUGCAAUUAGACCGUGCGACGCCCAUCUUCUUGUCCUCGACGACUAGAUAUCCUUCAUCCUCACGUCACGUAUACCCGCUAGAAAAGAUGAUAUCACCCACUCAAAAUCUGUGCUGGGUCGUCGCUCUGGUCUCCGCUCUGUUCUGUCUUCCUCUGGCCCUGGCGACAGACUGGAUUGACUACCCAUCUAGUGGACAUGCUACUAUGACUCACUACACUCUCCCCGAAAACUUCAUAGCCGCUUGUGGCUGUACCGCAGACAGUACGCACUACCCGACUGCUGCGAUGUCACAAAUGGCGUAUGGCAGCAGCACCGCGUACGGGUCUGGAUGUGGCCGGUGCUUUAACCUGACACUAGUGAACGCUUUUACAAGCGUUCCGCAAUUCUAUCCUCCGGAGGAUGAGCGGAGCAGCGUUGUGGUGAAGGUGACGGACCUAUGUCCGCUGGGAGGGAAUGGAUGGUGCUCGGCGACGACAAGCAAACCGAAUGCAGGUGGCGCGUACAUCAACUUUGAUUUAGCAUGGCCAUCUAGCUCAAUACCCGAUAAUUUCUUUCCAUCCAAUGUGACUCUAUAUGGCUUUGCUGACUUUGGCGUGUGGAACGUAAGCUACCAGGAGGUAAACUGCACACAAGAUUGGGAAGGGGGCAAGAGUGCCGCUGCGCUAGGCAGUGUCCCAGAAGGUGGGAGCGUAUGCUGUCCAGCGAAUCCAUCAGGCAAUGACACUUGCCCUUCUUACUCUGAUGCUAACGGCAUCCCCCCUUAUACCACAACUUCGUUGGCAGCGUUGACCGCUCCAUCGACAACUGCUGUACACGUCUCUCUGGCAUGCACGGCCAUCUUGGUCCUCAUAUCUCAUCUGCUAUAGCUGGGUUUGGACGAUAUAUUGAGGGUUUCUUGGUGAUAUCGGAGGUAGACAAUCUAUUGUUGUAUUUGCUAUAAUAAGCUCGCGGCCGAGCCGUCCGAGCACCGAUUUCAUCGGUCGUUCUUCCCAGUUGUUCCCCAUUUUGAUAUCAAGCGUGCGGUAGUUUAUCUUAGGUUCAGGAGGCUGCCGCGCCGUAGAUGAGGCUCAGGAAUAGAAGGGGUUGCUAGUUUCGGAGAGCUUGUGUCGAAUAGGCUUAAGGCCGGCGAGAACUCAAUUGACAGAGGUUUUGCAUGGGUUCAUGUGCUCUCCUC